AUGACACUCCGGAAACACUACACCCCAGAGAUCCUUCUGAGCGCUCCAAGACGGUCGGCGGCAGUUCCGAGUCCUGAUGGAAAGCUCGCGCUCUUCACACAGUCUACCUAUUCGUUUGACACCCACUCGAGAACCAGCGAGAUCUGUUGUCUGGACCUCACUCAGGGCACAACCGUCACCAUCAGCAAAGACCCCAAGGCUAGCGAGCCCAGAUGGCUGGGUACUAACUACGAGGUCGUCUGGUUGAAGGAGUGCGAGAACGGCAACACCUGCUUGAUCGUCACCGACGCCACUCUUCCCGGCAAAUGCUACACGGCUGGCACCAUUUCGGGCCCUGUCUCCAAUCUCAAGCUAUAUGUCAUUGAACCCGGUAAAGUCGCCGUUGCAGUUGCCGGUCAAGCAAAUCAAGAUGGCAGCUUGCACAACCCCAAGGAUGUCCCCAAAUCCCACACUUCGGCGCGGGUCUAUGACUCGCUGUUCGUGCGACAUUGGGACGCUUGGAUCACCGAGCAGCGAAACGCCGUCUUCGUAGCCUUGUUGCAAAAGUCACAACCUGUGGUGACUUCACGCCAGGGCCGAUAUGGCUUGCUAGGCUUCAAGAACGCAUUGCAGGGUUCAGAUCUGGAAUGUCCCAUUCCACCAUUUGGUGGAGUCGACCACUUCGACAUUGGCCCAACAGGUCUGACCAUUGUGGCCAAGGAUCCGCACCUCAACCCUGCCACGCAUACCAAGUGCGAUUGCUGGUUUAUCCCAAAACGGGAUAUUUUGGAUCUGAAGCCCGCAAGCUUCCACAAGAUUCACGCCCACGGGUUGAAUGGAGCAGCUUCAUCGCCUGUCUUUUCGCCCGACGGGGAGUCCCUGGCGUUCCUUCAGAUGGCCACCGACGGCUACGAAAGUGACAAGAAUAGAAUCGUCUUCGUCCAUGGCCUGAGUGCACUUGAGGAGGGCGGGUCUGUAUCCGCAGUUGAGCUCAUGCACACCGAAGAUGGCAAAGGGGGUUGGUCCAGGUCUCCCACCGCGUUAAAAUGGUCCGUGGACGGCAAGAUGCUGCUGAUGGAAGCCGAAGACACCGGACGCGGAUGUCUCUUCGCGCUCGACCUAACAGAUGCUCCAGGCCCAGAUUGGCGACCUCGCCAGUUGACCCAUAGUGGUUAUAUUAUCGACUUUGCUCCCAUGUCGACCAAGACUAAUCUCUUACUCGUCUCCAGCAAUAGUCUGGUCGACAACAGCACAUACACCCUCGUGAAUCCCGACCCUCUGGCCGAGGCUCCACCGGCGGUCGUUUCGUCACUGAGCAGAAACGGAAGCAUGUUCGGCCUCUCUCCAAAACAAGUAUCCUCGAUAUGGUGGAAAGGUGCGAAUGAUCACCCGGUGCACGCCUGGAUGAUGAGACCCUCAUUCUUUCGGGCCGACCAGAAGUACCCCCUCGCAUAUUUGAUUCAUGGCGGCCCCCAAGGUGCUUGGAACGAUCAGUGGUCGACCCGUUGGAACCCUGCCGUCUUCGCUGAGCAGGGUUAUGUGGUCGUCUGUCCGAAUCCGACCGGCUCGACAGGGUAUGGCCAGGCCUUCACGGACGCAAUCCGAAAUCAGUGGGGUGGUCUCCCUUACGAGGACCUUGUCAAAGGGUUCGAAUACAUCGAGUCGGAACUAAGCUUCGUUGAUAGCGCGCGAGCAGUCGCCUUGGGUGCUAGCUACGGCGGGUAUAUGAUGAACUGGAUUCAGGGGCACGACCUGGGCCGCAAAUUCAAGGCGCUGGUCUGCCACGAUGGGGUGUUCAGCAUGACGGGCCAGUUGGCGUCCGAGGAGCAGUACUUCCCCGUUCACGACCUCGGAGGGCCGAUUUGGGAGCGACAAGAGAUCUACGACAAAUGGGAUCCCAGCCGCUUCACCAAGUUCUGGGAGACCCCCAUGCUCGUGAUCCACAACGAGCUCGACUAUCGUCUGACUGUCGCUGAGGGUCUGUCGGCAUUCAACGUGCUCCAGAUGAAGGGGGUCGAGAGUCGGUUCCUGAGCUUCCCGGACGAGAAUCAUUGGGUGUUGAAGCCUGAGAACAGCCUCGUCUGGCAUCUCGUCGUGAUCAACUGGAUCAACAAGUUUGUGGGAUUGCCCCAGAUUGUCGAUCGCCAAGGCAGGGAUGGCUCGGGGUUUUGCAGGCGGGAAAGUAGGAGGACCUGGGGUCGGAGUUACGGGACGUCGCGUCUCGAGCAGUGA